CAAGACAGCAAUUAAGAAAAAACCUCACUUGGUUUUUAGUUACAGAGCUCUUCCGUCUCCUUCAGGCUUCAGUUCACAUUCAUCGGCGCUGCCCCUCAACCUUUAGUCGCUCUAGCCCGUAUGAUUUUAAGACCUACAUAAUCACAGUCAUUAGUACCGGGAACUUUCGUUACAAUGACUUCCAUCACCUCAGUGGAAUUGAAUUACCUUGUUUUCCGCUACCUUCAAGAGUCAGGUUUUACACAUUCAGCUUUUGCCUUAGGAUAUGAAGGUGGAAUUAACAAGUGCACCAUAGAUGGCAAUAUGAUUCCACCUGGUGCUCUCAUUACAUUUGUACAAAAGGGACUUCAGUACUUGGAAAUGGAGGCGAAUUUGACUUGCCAGAGUGAUGCAGAUGUUGAUGAAGAUUUCUCUUUUUUGCAACCUUUGGAUCUUAUCACAAAAGAUGUGAAUGAAUUGCAGCAGAUCAUAAAAGAGAAGAAAAAAAAUCUGCACAAGGAUAGAGAGAAAGAAAAAGAAAAGGAAAAAGACAAGGACAGAGACAAAGACAAAGAUAAAGAUAAAGAGUUCGAAAGGGAACAUGAAAGAGAAUGUGCCCGAGUGAGAGAGAAGGAAAGGCAUGAAAGGGAAAAGGAGAAAGAAAAGGAUAGAGAGAGGUUAGAAAGUGAAAAAGAGAGAGACAAGCAGCUUGAGGAUAACACUGAUAGAAGAAUGGUCACUGAUGCAGAAGAUAAGCAUGAAGAAAAUGAAUUUUUUGAAGUAGGACCAGAGCCAAUGGAUAUUUCUAUAACAUCAACAUCUCAGACAUGUGAAAUUCCUAGUUCUGAUGUGAUGAUUUUGGAAGGACAUACUUCUGAGGUUUGUGCCUGUGCAUGGAGUCCAAUAGGACAACUUCUUGCAUCGGGUUCUGGAGAUUCCACAGCAAGAAUUUGGACAAUAACAGAGGGGACCUCUAGGUCUGGCGUGCAGAAUGAUCCUCUAAAUGUGCUGGUAUUGAAGCAUGUAAAGGGAAGGACAAAUGAGAAAAGCAAAGAUGUUACCACACUUGAUUGGAAUGGCGAGGGAACAUUACUUGCUACUGGCUCUUAUGAUGGGCAGGCAAGAAUUUGGAGCACAGAUGGUGAACUAAAGACAACAUUGAGCAAGCAUAAAGGACCCAUAUUUACUCUGAAGUGGAACAAGAAGGGGGAUUAUCUUCUAACUGGAAGCUGUGAUAAAACAGCAAUUGUGUGGGAUGUGAGGGCUGAGGAAUGGAAACAGCAGUUUGAGUUUCAUUCAGGUCCUACACUUGAUGUUGACUGGCGCAAUAAUGUUUCAUUUGCAACAAGCUCCACUGACAAUAUGAUAUAUGUAUGCAAAGUUGGAGAAACACGCCCUAUUAAAUCUUUUGCUGGACAUCAGGGUGAGGUUAAUUGUGUCAAGUGGGAUCCUACAGGUUCAUUGUUGGCGUCUUGCUCUGAUGAUAUCAGUGCUAAGAUAUGGAGCAUGAAGCAGGACAAGUAUGUUCAUGAUUUGAGGGAACAUUCUAAGGAGAUUUAUACUAUCAGAUGGAGCCCCACUGGACCUGGAACAAACAAUCCCAACCAGCAAUUGGUGCUGGCGAGUGCAUCAUUUGACUCAACAGUGAAGUUAUGGGAUGUGGAAUUUGGGAAACUUCUCAGCAGUUUGAAUGGACACAGAGAGCCUGUGUAUUCAGUUGCAUUUAGUCCUAAUGGAGAGUAUUUGGCAAGUGGAUCUCUUGACAGAUGCAUCAACAUCUGGUCAUUGAAGGAAGGAAAGAUUGUGAAAACAUAUACUGGCAAUGGUGGAAUAUUUGAAGUUUGUUGGAACAAGGAAGGUGAUAAAAUUGCAGCCUGUUUUGCCAACAAUACAGUUUGUGUUUUAGACUUCAGAAUGUAAAGACUUGAAAGGUAAGGUGUUAGGAUCAGCAAGGAUUUCUUGGAGCUUGGUGUAGCAUUCUAUUUAGUUGGUCUUUAGAUUCCCAUGGAAGAGAAUUUUUUCUUUUACAGGGAUGUGAAAAGUUGUUUGAUUUGCUAGGGUUUUUUCUUGGUAAUUAUAGGUGUUACUAAUUAGUAAUUCUGAUAUUGCUGCAAGUUAUAAGUGAAUCACCACCCAAUAGUUAGCUAGGUUUGUGCUCUAAUCAGUAACAAACAAUUAUGUAAUUUAUUUUUCAUA